AUGUCCGACGCGAGGCGCGGGGCCCUCGCGCCUCGAGGACCGACCUGGACUCCGGCAAACGACGCGGCCGGUGUGCAUGACAUGGGGCACAGAGGACACAAUGGGUACAUCAUGACGACAAUCUUGGUGUUGUACUCUUUCUCUCUCUCAUCUUUCAACAACAUCACCAUGCCAGAGCAACAAGCAACAGACAGCCCCCGCGUCAGCACCAUGGACGCCGCUCACCGAAUGGACUGGGACAUUCUCAACAUUGGUUACCCACAAUCCAGCCAGAAGAUGAUCCACCUCAUCGACAUGGACCUCCACAUCUUUGGUCUGGAAGAGAUCGCAGGCAGCACGCGUCCUAUCGCCGUCAUUAUCCUGUCGCAUGGCUGGGCAAACAAGGCCCGUGACAUGUGGCCGAUGGCUUCUGGGCUCAUUGGAGAGGCGAACCGGCUGGACACGGUCGGUGGGCGAAAGAGGACGCGUGAUGUGAUUGUCGUGACGCUUGACCAGCGCAACCACGGCGACAGGCGACGUGUCCGCACCAAAGUGUCGUUUGAGACCAACGCCUACCGUUUCGGCAUCGACAUGGCGAUGGGUUUGACUGGCGCAAAGCAGGACCACCAUUUCCUCAUGGAGUUCCUUGAAGGGCAUCUCUUCCCCUCUGGGGACCGCCAAGUAGUCGAAUACAUGGUCGCAGGGUUCAGCAUGGGAGGACACGUCGCAUGGCGACUGCUGCGCGAGGAUGACCGUAUCCGUAUCGGUGUCCCCAUCUGCUCCCUCCCCUCUGAGACGCUGGGUAGGAAGCUGCUCAACCGCGAGCUCCCGCCAAACUCACCACCGAGCCACGUUCCGCCCGUGGUGGAGAGAUUCUUUAACACGCCAAGCCCCCCUGGCACAUAUGCGGGCAAGUGUAUCCUCGCUAUCCAUGGCGGUCUUGAUGCCGUCUUGCCAUGGACGCUGGGAGACGACAGGUGGCUGGAGAUUGCCCAAGAGGCAAAGGCUGCAGAGCGUUACGUCCAACCUGACGCGGGCCACAUUGUGAGCCAAGAGAUGGUGCGCCGUACAGCCGAGUGGCUUUGGCGCUACGGUCUCACAGAGGAAGCCUAG